AUGACACGCACCGCUCGCGCCGCUUACCCAAGGGCUGUGAUUAAGGACCGCUCAGAGUCGCGCUCAGGCUUAGAUACUUCUUUGCGAAAGUCGGGAGCAGGCCACCACAACUGGGGCGCUCUCGCCGACGAGCGCACCCUCGAGACUGCUGCGUUGGAAGACGACCAACUCGAAGAAGAGGAAGUCGGUGAGACCGCCAACCCAAUCGAAGACACCAACUCUUCGAGGUCUAUGUCACCUCCACGCAAGCCAGAGAUGGCACGAAGCACUAGUGGCAUGACCGAAGAGGAGCUCCAGAAGGCUCGUCAGUUCAGGAAGAACGCUUUCAAGAACCCAGGAGACAUCGACCUUUCGGCGAUUGCCCGUACUUCUGCUGCGGUUGGCAACUCUCCAGGUCAAGCCGACUUGAACCGCAAGUCGCCUGUUUCUGACAACAUUAACCCAUUGUUCUAA